AUGCCUCACGGACGACCGGCCAAGCGCAGACGGAUUACACCUCCAAUCGACGACAGCAAACCCUCUGAAACAGUCAAGUCAUCUGACCUUUUUGCACGAGCAGCGGACUGGGAUCUCGAGCAAGAGUAUGAGCAGAGGCGGCGGGGCAAGAAAUCCAAGGAAUCCAACAGGUUGCCCAUCAAGACCGCGGAAGGACAUGUUCAACGUGUGAAAGAGGAGGCUACAAAAUCUGAAGAUGACUCAGACAGCUUUCUAGGUUCUGGUUCCGAGGAUGAGGGCGGCGACGAAUCAGCUGAAACCCCUCCAACUGAGGCAGAGUCUGUAGUACAGAUCCCUUUGAAGCAGCAGAUUGUAGCUGCAAAGGAAGAGAUUGCUCGAAAUGCGGGGCUGUUGAACGAGGAUCCGGAAGAACAUGCGGGCUCAUUCAAGAAGCUGGCACAGAUUGGCGGUCCAGGCUCGCCCGUCGCCGUGCAGAAACUGUCCCUUGCUGCGCAAGCCGCCGUCUACAAAGAUGUUAUACCUGGCUAUCGGAUACGAUCCUACAAGGAUGAGGACCUUGGAUCCAAGGUGUCGAGGGAGGUGCGGCAAACCAGACAAUAUGAACAAGCUUUGGUGACCGGAUAUCAAGUAUAUGUCAAACGUUUGAGUAGCCUGGCAAAGGUUAGGAAAGGGGAUCAGGAUGCCCUGACGCUGCGAAGUGUUGCAAUCAGUUGUGUCUGCACGCUGCUAUUGUCCGUGCCCCAUUUCAACUUCCGCACCGAGCUGCUGAACGUCUUGGUGCGCGAGUUAGCCAGCAGAGAGGCCACUCCAGACUUUAGGAGAUGUGUUGAGACACUGGAGAAAUUCUUCGAAGGGGACGACGAUGGCGCGCCGUCCCUGGAAGCUGUUGGUCUUUUGACAAAGAUGAUGAAAGCAAAAGACUAUCGAAUUAGGGAAGAAGUUUUGAACACUUUCUUCCACCUCCGUCUUCUCGACGAGCUGUUGGGCCCGACUUUGAGCAGGUCGGAAAGACGAGAAGAUAUCUCCAAGCUGCAUGGAAAGAAGGUGAAGAAAGAAAGGUUUGAGCAUCGCUCCAAGAAAGAAAGGAAGCUCGCCAAAGAGCGGAAAGCGGUGGAGAAGGAUAUGCGCGAGGCCGAUGCGAUUGUCAACUACGAAGAGCGGGAAAAACUUCAGUCUGAGACACUCAAACUCGUCUUCAUCACGUACUUCCGUAUCUUGAAGGCCAGAAUCCCGGAGCUGAUGGGCGCCGUGCUGGAAGGGUUGGCCAGAUACGCACAUCUGAUCAACCAGGAUUUCUUCGGUGACAUCCUGGAGGCGUUGAAGGACAUUAUCAACCAAGCCGAUGCAGUGUCGAAGGGGGAAUUGGAUGAGGAGGAUGAAGACACCGCCGACACCUCCCAGGAAGUUGAUGGCGAGACGAUUCGCAACCGGACCCGGGAGAGCCUCCUUGCCACACAGACGGCGUUCACACUCUUGUCAGGCCAAGAAGUCUCCAAAGCCGCCUCUGGUUUGCACCUCGAUCUGUCAUUCUUCACGGCCCAUACCUACCGGUCACUCUAUCCACUGAGUCUUGAUGCUGACAUUGAGUUGGGACCCAAGUCUCUUCGCUUGCCAGACCCUCAUGCCGCAAAAGCCUCGGAGAAGCCCAGCAUGAGAGUCAAUGUUUCAACUCCAAUCCUCCUCUUGACGCGUGUCCUGACCUCGAUCCUACUGACGCCAUCUCAGCCGCCCCCUACGGUUGCUGCCGCCUCAUUCUUCAAACGUCUGUUGACUGUAUCGCUGCAAUUACCAGAAAAGUCCGCCUUGGCGGUUUUGACUCUCUUGGCCAAGAUUGCAGACAAGCACGGUCGCAAGAUUGAAGCACUAUGGUACAGUGACGAAAGGAAAGGGGAUGGAAUUUUCCGAGGGGAGAGUGAGAGCAUUGAGGGUUCCAACGUGCUUGCGACUGGCAGUGGAACAUGGGAAACCGAGCUGUUGAAGAAGCAUUUUUGUCCAAAGGUCAGGGAACAGAUGACGGCGAUUCACAAAAUCGUUGCCGGCUUGCAUAGGUAG